ACUAAUCCAAAAAGAUGACCACUUCCUACGGAUUAAACACAUCCCAUGGAAAUCCGCGGAAUGCGACAUCGAGUACGACUCACGUGGACAAGGGACGAGGAGCACCGCGCUUGGAUUGAGUACCUGGAGCUACUGAUCAUCCAGGCCUGGCGGACGGAGGUGGAAGGCGAUCUUAUUGGAUUCCUGUUCGAAUCGGUGCCCGACCAUCGCCAACUGAUUGUGCAGGAACUCACGGUUUCUCUCGCGCAGUUGGUUGACGAUCUUCCCCUUGAUAUCGUCUCGCAGAGCGACGAGAGCCCGGUCCCGCACGUCCUCACACGAACUCUGACGCCUGGAGGAGCCGGGAAGCGGCCGCAACCUGCCAUUGUGCAGGAACUCAGUGGUCAGCAUGCCUGGAGAAGCCGGGAGGCGGCCGCAACCCGCCAUCGUGCAGAAACUCAGUGGUCAACGUGCCUGGAGGAGUCGGGAAGCGGACGCAACCCGCCAUCACAACGCGAAUAUCUGGACCCGCAGGAGAUAGUUGACCUCGCUUUCUUCCAGGAUCGAACAGUCUCCGAAGACGAGGAGCUAGCGAUAGAAAAAGAUGCGGAAAAAGAACAAGAAGGCGCAGAGGAGGAAGAGGAGGAGGAAGAAACACCGGAAAAAGGCAGUUAUAGUGAACACAGUGAGGGAGAGCAAAGUGAGGAGGAAAAAGAAGAAGAGGAAGACGAGCAAGAGGAAGAGUUGGAGCUAGAAGAAUCCGAGUGGGAAAUCUCGGCGGAAGAGGGGGAACGAACGGACACUCAAGCGGAGGACCCCAAGGCAGUGCGUAAAAGAAAAGAGAUUGCGGCCGGAAAGCGACAGUUGGAAUUCGCAAGCGGAGCAAAUCUUCCGACCACCGACGAUCCCGCCAAAGAUCCGGAGGCGCCCAAGCCCGAAGAUGGGGAUCCAGCUGCCGAGACUUCAAGCGCACCGGCAAGGCGGCAACGAAGCCGAUCCCCCUCCCCCUCCACCUCCGACCGUCCCCUUGAUCACUUCACCUUCCGCCAGAUCACCACCCGCGUCACAUUCCCCCGUAAUCCCUUCCCGAUUGAUACCUUCCGAUUUUUCUACGCCACCCGCCUUGUUGUCACUGUUCACCCCCACCCCUCACCCGGUGUGCCCUCCCCGACUUCUAUCUUCAUGCCCUCCUCUUGAGUGCAGCGGAGCGAGGGCACAAUAUCGUCGUGGUUUCAUGGGGACUAUCCCCGCAUGCGAGAACCACGAUCG